AUGGCUUCGUCGCAUUCGACGACGAAAAGGCUGUUCCAUGGCAAAGCUGCAGCCUUUCCAACGCUGUUAAUUGACGAGGCGAACCGGUUCCACGAGUGGAGCCUGUGCCCCAAGGAGCAGCAUCAUCUCAGGAAUCUCCAGGAUUACUUUUUGAUGCUGACCAAGGAGACAAACACAGCCAACGUGAUCCUUUGCAGCUCCGAGGACAUCAGACGAGUGGCAGGCACUUGCGAGCAAGCUUCGUGGAGGCUGGAAAAGGAAGCUUUUUUGUCCUCUGUUCUUUUUGAUGUGGAGACCAUGAGUCAAGUGAGCGGAUCCAGAGCUGUUGAAGGAGCUCGAAGCAUCCUGGACCUCCGAAGGAGUACGAGGCGCUCUGUGGGGUGUAUUGAGCGAGAAAAAAUAAGGAGAAAAGAUACCCAUUUUUCUUUGUUUCUUGUUUCCAGGCCCACAUUCUGGAGGAUCAUCAAUUCUCGAGACACCGGAUCCUUCUCGCCAGUCCCAUACGCUUGCACGCUCCUCAAUUGCCUGCUCUGGUUCUUCUAUGGCCUCCCCGCCGUCACCUCCAACAACACGCUCAUCGUCACCAUCAACGCCGCCGGGAUCAUCCUCGAGUGCAUCUAUCUCAUCGUCUUCUUCACCUUUGCCCCCGCAGCCCACAGGGUGAGCGCUGCGAAAAUCCUGUUCUAUGCUCUUCUACUUUGUCCUGUUUCUCGUCGACCAAAAGCAAAAGAAGGAAAAGAAGAAAUGUUUUUGAUCUCACUGGCUUCGUGUUCCAGGGAUAUCUCAGCGUGCUGCUCGUUGGUGUGGCGGGAUUCUUCGCUGCCGCCAUCGCAGUCACUCUCACAGCAUUCCAGCAGGAGCAAAGGGCCAAAUUCGUCGGUGCGGUGUGUGUGGUGGUCGGGACUCUCAUGUACGCCUCGCCACUUUCAGUCAUGGUACCAGAGCUACUCGUCUUCCCAGAAAAACAGAAGAGAACUUUAGAACAUAGAAACAAAACUUUCCUUUACCCUCUCCAACUUGCAGAAGCUGGUUAUCGCGACUCGAAGCGUCGAAUACAUGCCCUUUUCUCUGUCUCUCUGUAGCCUGAUCAAUGCGCUGCUAUGGACAAUCUAUGGAGUUCUCAAGCACGACAAGUUCCUCAUAGUAAGCUAAG